AUGAAAUAUAGUUUAGAAUUACGAGGGUUGAAUAAAUAUAAUCUGGAGAUGGUCAAAAGUUCAUUCUUCACUCUUUUUUUAUUUAUAUUUUUCGCUAUUUUUCCUUCUUCACUCGUCCGCUUAGAGCACAACACGAAGAUGGCGUCGAAGGCGAUGGAGAGAGGAUUCAAGCUGAUACUUGGUUCUCAAUCCAUGGCGAGAAAGCGGAUUCUGGCUGAAAUGGGAUAUGAUUUCACUAUCGUGACAGCAGACAUUGAUGAGAAAGCUAUCAGGAGAGAGAAGCCUGAAGAUUUGGUUGUGGCUAUCGCUGAAGCCAAGGCAGAUGAGAUAAUAUCGAAAUUGGGAGGUCGAAGCCAGUUUGCGCAGGAUCCUCAACCAACCAUAUUGAUUACUGCAGACACCGUUGUUGUGUACAAAGGUGUCAUCAGAGAAAAACCAACCAGCAAAGAAGAAGCUCGGGAAUUUAUCAAAGGCUAUUCAGGGUCACACGGAGGCGUUGUGGGAUCUGUUAUUGUAAGCAACUUGAAAACUGGAGUUAGAAAAGGAGGAUGGGACAAGGCAGAGGUUUAUUUCCAUGAGAUACCAGAAAAAGUCAUCGACGACCUUGUAAAACUUCUAAACACACUUGUUCUUCCUACUCUCAAUCUCACAAUCUUGAUUGAUGAUGCAAUAACAUUCAAAGUUGCUGGAGGUCUAACGCUGGAGCAUCCCCUCAUUUCACCCUUUAUCGAUACUGUGGUGGGAGGAGUUGAUACAGUCAUGGGACUUCCUAAAGAACUCACUGAAAAAUUCAUCAGCGAUGUGUUGUAG